GGUCACGUGGUUUUGACGUGUCGGACUUUGCUCGAUACAUUUUGCUACAAGCAGCUACUCUUUUCUUGGAUCUGUAGCCGCUCGUGUUGCUUGUUUCGUCCAAACAGCGCACAAAAUAUCAUGGAAGGCAGGGGUUACGGCUCUGGUUACUCCAGUUGGGGAGGUGGCGGUUCUGGAAGCAGAGGUUCUGGUGGUUUCGAUAUGCACGGGGGAGGUUAUAAGGAUUCCAUGUCUGGACUCGGAGGCUAUGGAGGUGGCAGCAGCCACAUGAAAAGAGGGCUCUCGGGAGCAUCUCUGCUCUCAUCGACGGGCACCCAUGCAGAUGCAGUCAUUGCUAAGAUUAACCAGCGCUUGGACAUGCUCACUCAGUUGGAGGGGGGGUUUAAAGGGGGUCGGAGUGACAGGUUUGACCAGUACGAGUCAUUCGACUCGCGCUCCUCCGCUUUUGCCUCCUCCCGAGAUCUCUACAGAUCUGGCGGCGGUAGCUAUGGUUUUGGUGAUGGCCGGGAGGACAGCAUGCUGUUGAGUCAGCGAGGAGGCCAGGGCUUCGGAGGGGGACUUGGGCUAGGAGGAGGAGGAGGCUUUGACAGCCCCUCCUCUUCCUAUGGAGUCGCUAAAAUGCGACAGAAUAUGAGGGAGUCCUUCACCAGUCCCCAAGGAGGAGGUUCUGGAGGUGGAGGAUGGGCUGGAGCAGGCCGACGUUCCCCCAGAAGGGGUGGAAGCGCCGGGGGUCGAGGAGCUACUGGAGGGUUUGGAAACCGCAGGUCAGACCCCACUCCAUUAAGCGGAGGUUUGCGGGGAAGUGGUAGCGGUGGCCAGUCCCACCGUGGCCACUCUCCAGGAGGUGGUAGAGGAAAGCUCCCUUCCCUCCUGUCCAACCGCAUGUACCCUGAGAGUGGGGGCUUCCAGGGUUCUACUCAAGGGCCUCACGACUUUCCUGGGAGGCAUUUUGGAGGGGGCCCACGGGCUGGCCGGCAGCGAGGCCGCAAGAGACCCCUUAACAAACAGGUGAAGCCACAGCGGGAUAUUCAGAAGAAAAGAAAGCAGACCCCGACAUCAGGUGAUGAGCCAGAGUCGAAGAUGAACAAGACGGACAGUGCCGAGUCAGAGGCUACGCAAGAGCAACCAGAGAAAAACGGCGAUGGUGGUGAGCCAAAGACAACAGCUGCUGCGGAGACAAAACCUGCUGAAGAAGGUGAUAAAGCUGCAUCCAAACUGGAAGAGAAGAAAAAGCCACAGGGCAAACAGACACCGGCCCAGGGUCAGGACAGACACCCAAAAAUGAGGAAGAGACGAGGAUUCCUGGAAAGGGUGAUGUUUGCAUGUUCUGUGUGCAAGUUCCGUUCGUUCUACAAGGAAGAAAUGGAGGCUCAUCUUGAGAGUCGCUUCCACAAGGACCACUUUAAGUUCCUUUCCAGCCAGUUGUCCAAGCCCACUACAGACUUUUUGCAGGAGUAUUUGCAGAAUAAGUUUAAGAAGACAGAGGAGAGGGUGAGCCAGCUGGAGAACCACAGUGCUGCAAUCUGCCAGGUGUACAAAGAGCAGGACCUCACCAGGGAGCUUGGAAUGGAGCACUUUAUGAGGAAGGUGGAAGCUGCUCACUGUGCAGCAUGUGACCUUUUCAUUCCCAUGCAGCCCCACCUGAUACAGAAACACAUCAAGUCUCCUGACCACAACUACAACCGCAAGGGUAUGAUGGAGCAGUCCAAGCGGGCCAGUCUGUCGGUUGCUCGAAGCAUCCUUAACCACAAACUCAUUGGCAAGAAGCUGGAGAGCUACCUCAAGGGUGAGAACCCGUUCACUGGUAACCAAGAUGAACAGGAUCCAGAAGACAGCAUGGCAAUGGACGUAUCGGAGUUGGUCACAGGCGAAGCGGCAGAGAGCCAGGCGGAAGGAGAACCUGCCAAAGAUGAGCCUGCUCCUGAGGGGGAGAUUAGCAAAGAGGUGGUCGAAGGAGAAGCAGGAGAGACUGCUGAAGCAGCAGCAGCAUCAGAAGCAGCAGCAGCAGCAUCAGAAGAAGCAGCAGCAUCAGAAGAAGCAGCAGCAUCAGAAGAAGCAGCAGCAGUAGCAGCAGCAGGCACGGAAGAAGAGGGGGAGGAAAAGAUGGAGGAGGAGCAAAAGAUGGAGGAGGAGCAGGGGAACAAGAAUGAGGAGAACCAGGAUGAAGAGGAAGGUUUUGAAAUUGGGGAGGAAGAGGAUGAGGGAUAUGUGGUUCAUGAUGAGAUUGGUGAAGAGGGAUUACACGGUGACUUUGGAGAUGAAGGAUUGGAGGCAGCAGUGCACGAAGAGGAAGAUGCCAAUGAUCAUGAAUGAUUUCUGCACUGUGUGAGAGAGAGAGAGUGAGAGAGUAACCUUUCCAUCUGAACAUCUGUUUGGACCAGUCUAUGACCUGUACUGUCCAGUUUGACUGCCACAUGUAUUGUGGAUUACAUAUACCUGCUCCCGUCAUGUUUCACUGUCAGUCUGAGCUUGUUGUUUGAGUUUGAUAAAAAGCAGUUGCACAUUUUGUCUACUGCUCUUCUUCUUCACUUUCUUGCAGAGAUUUACAUGAAAGCAAAUGUCAAAAAUAGUAACUCUUGUCUUCUGCAUGCAUACAAAGUUAGGGGUAGACUUCUUUUUAAAUAUGAGAGUAGACCGGACGUGUGGUUUACCCUUCCUCAGUCUCAAUGCUGAACUGAUCUGUUCCCAGGAAUAGCUUUGUACUCGGUGCAGACAUGAGAGGCAUUGUUGGACUUUUCAUUUCAACAUUGGCAAGAAGACACAUGAGCAUAUUUAUGAAAACGUCAAAGUAAAUUUUUUUGUUGUUGUUGUGCCUUUUUGUUAAAAUGUAAGUUGUUUAGAAUUAAGAAAUUGCGGCUAUUGUAACAUUGAGAUAUAUUGUGUACUUUUUUGGGGGGGGGGGGGUCCAGAGUUUACACAUUGUUAUGGCUUUCAGGCCUUUCCCAGUAUUGAUGAAUGACUGUUUUCCAAGCUUUUGGAUAAAUCUAUUAGGAGGAGGGCUUUUUAACUCUGCAGGUGGGGCUGCCUGAGAUGAUUGAGGGGACUGUUUGUAGAAUAAGCGUGCAACAUUUUGAAUAUCAUUUGGAAUAUUUUCAGUCGUUUUAGUUUCAUCUCGGUCUGGGAAAGAAAUAAACUCGUUGACUAAAUCA